AUGCUAGGGUUCUUGUCAGCGCGACAAGCUGGAUUAGAAGACCCUCUUCGCCUGCGGAGAGCAGAGUCCACACGGAGGGUUUUGGGACUGGAGUUAAACAAAGACAGAGAUGUUGAAAGGAUCCAUUGCAGUGGAGUUAACACCCUUGACAUUGAACCUGUUGAAGGGAGAUACAUGUUAUCAGGUGGUUCAGAUGGUGUGAUUGUGCUUUAUGAUCUUGAGAACUCCAGCAGACAACCUUAUUACACAUGUAAAGCAGUGUGUUCCGUUGGCAGAAGCCAUCCCGAUGUUCACAAAUAUAGUGUGGAGACCGUACAGUGGUAUCCUCAUGACACUGGCAUGUUCACAUCAAGUUCGUUUGAUAAGACUCUGAAAGUAUGGGAUACAAAUACAUUACAAAUUGCCGAUGUAUUUAAUUUUGAAGAAACAGUUUAUAGUCAUCAUAUGUCUCCAGUUGCCACCAAGCACUGUUUGGUAGCAGUUGGUACUAGAGGACCCAAAGUACAACUUUGUGACUUGAAGUCUGGAUCCUGUUCCCACAUUCUACAGGGUCACAGACAAGAAAUAUUGGCAGUUUCCUGGUCACCACGUUAUGAACAUAUCUUGGCAACUGCAAGUGCUGACAGUAGAGCAAAAUUAUGGGAUGUGAGGAAAGCAUCAGGAUGCUUGAUAACUCUUGAUCAGCAUAAUGGGAAAAAGUCGCAAGCAGCUGAAUCAGCAAACACUGCUCAUAAUGGAAAGGUUAACGGCUUAUGUUUUACAAGUGAUGGUCUUCACCUACUCACUGUUGGCACAGAUAAUCGAAUGAGGCUCUGGAAUAGUUCCAAUGGAGAAAAUACACUAGUCAACUAUGGAAAAGUAUAUAAUGAUAGUAGAAAAGGAUUGAAAUUCACUGUCUCCUCUGGCUGCAGUUCAGAAUUUGUUUUUGUACCAUAUGGUAGCACCAUUGCUGUUUAUACAGUUUACUCUGGAGAACAGAUAACUAUGCUUAAGGGACACUAUAAAAGUGUUGACUGCUGUGUAUUUCAGUCUAAUUUCCAGGAACUUUACAGUGGUAGCAGAGACUGCAAUAUUCUUGCUUGGGUACCAUCCUUAUGUGAAUCAGUUCCUGAUGAUGAUGAUGAGACUUCAACCAGAUCACAAUUAAAUCCAGCAUUUGAAGAUGCCUGGAGCAGCAGUGAUGAGGAAGGAUGA